GACGGAUUACAACAAAAAGCGACAGCUCCGUGGCCCUGAAAUCACUCGCAACACAUCACCGCUGCUCCUAAACCAAAUGCAACACAACACACACGACGAAAUGCAGACCAUUAAGAAGGUAAUCUCUUGGAAACUUUUGAUACUUUCUUACUUAUUCGUGGAGGGUUCGGGCCAAGACUUUGGUGGUGGUCAGACUCAAUUUAUUUGCACGUCGGUGCCCAAGGAUAUGGACAUAUGCGCCGCUACCUUACAAAACAGUAUGCCUGGAGAGGAUUUGAAGACCACUGUUAUGCAGCUCCGGGAGACCGUCCUACAGCAGAAGGAGACCAUUAUGAACCAAAAAGAGACUAUCAGAGAACUGACUUCCAAGUUAACUCGCUGUGAGGGCCAGAGUGCGCCCGAGCCCGGACCUGGGGGAAGGAGAAAAGAGACGGGGAUCAAAAAUACUAUGGGGGAUGUAUCAAGGGGUCCCUCGGACACUUUGGCGCAACUAUCGCAGACUUUACAGUCUCUAAAGCAGAGAUUAGAAAAUCUCGAGCAAUUCAGUAGGAACAACAACUCGGUCCAGGCGAACAGUCUGAAAGACCUGCUACAGAGUAAAAUCGACGAUUUGGAGAAGCAGGUGUUAUCCCGCGUGAACAGUAUAGAAGAUGACAAGCCUGGGCUGCGGAACGAGACGGAGCAGCGCGGUAGAGUGGAGUCGACUCUCACAUCCCUGCACCAGAGAAUCACCGACCUCGAGAAAGGUCAGAAAGAAAACAGGCCGCUGGAUAAAUUCCAGUUGACAUUCCCGUUGAGGACCAACUACAUGUAUGCCAAAGUGAAGAAGAGUCUCCCUGAGAUGUACGCAUUCACUGUCUGCAUGUGGCUCAAAUCCAAUGCAUCCCCAGGGGUGGGCACGCCAUUCUCCUACGCAGUGCCAGGGCAGGCCAACGAGCUGGUGCUGAUUGAGUGGGGGAAUAAUCCUAUGGAGAUACUCAUCAAUGACAAGGUAGCUAAAUUACCAUUCAUUAUCAACGACGGCAAGUGGCAUCACAUCUGUGUCACAUGGACAACUCGAGAUGGAGUAUGGGAGGCUUUCCAAGAUGGAGUCAUGAGGGGCAGUGGAGAAAACCUUGCUCCAUACCAUCCAAUCAAACCACAAGGUGUUCUGAUAUUGGGACAAGAACAGGAUACGCUUGGAGGGGGCUUUGAUGCUACACAAGCUUUUGUUGGAGACCUGGCGAAUUUUCAUAUCUGGGACCGGAAGUUGUCUAUUGGAGAGAUAUACAACCUGGCAACUUGCAGCAGCAAAGCGCAGAUAGGCAACGUGUUUUCGUGGUUGGAGAGCAGCAUUGAUAUUUACGGAGGAGCCUCCAAGUGGACAUUUGAGGCUUGUCGUCAACUGAACUGAACUGCAGGGAAAAGUGAAAAGCCAAUGAGAAAUGCGUGUGGUAAAGCCUCUGUUGAUAAUACAUCUGAUUUGAUAGAUAAAGAAGCAUUUAUUUCAGUAAAUGACAUCUGGAUUUGUUAUAGAUAUUGAAUUCUUUGUGUGUGGACACUUACUAGAUUUCUACCUGACUAAAAUAAGAAUCUGAUCUUGUUCAUCUUGGAUAUUUCAGUUGGAUAGUUUUGGCAUCUGGUUGGAUGCUUCAAAGCGCUUCGUUCAACUGGCCGGUUUGUUAUCUCAUGGUCUUCAGAGCAAUUGACACAUACAGGCCAGCAUAUCACCACAACGCAGUGCAGAUGCAGACAGCACUCCCCGACAAAGGACCACUUAGAACGUCCACCAUAAGUAGAAUUGGUGACCAUGUAGUUGUCCCCAACGAGGAAAUCAGGGAGGGGACUGGGGAUCUGGGGAUCUGUCUCCGUCCGUUAGUACAUUAGUGCGUUAGUACAUUAGUCACUAUUGACAUUCGGUGCAUAUGUCCCUCUGCUAAAAAAUAAACAAAUUUGCCGCAGGGACCAAUAAGCUUCACCAUUCUGGAUUUCCAUUAUUUUGAAUUUUGUGAAAAACACUGAAAAGCUACUCUUCUGGCACCAAAUGAAUGAUCUGCAUGAUGACAGUAUUUUCCAGACUAAUACCUAAAACAACAUGGCCACUAUUGACCAAUAAAUAUUCACUUGGGCAUGGUCUGGCAAACAUUAGUCAAGAAUAUUUGUAUUGUAACAAAUGCUGUCAAGACAUAUGAGUCUAGCUAACACACAAGAUAUCUCAGACAUAACUGGCCCGAUUUUGGGUAAAUGUUGCCUCUUGCCAUAGAGAUCCAACAUUCACAAAAUUACACUGAUUGGUCCAAGGGGGGAUGCUAUAGUAAUCAACUAUGUACGUUAGUCACACACGAUAUCUCAGACACCACUGGCCCGAUUUUAACAAAACUUGGGUGAAUGAUGCGUCUUGCCAUAGAAAUCAGUCAUUUGCAAAAUGAUACUGAUUGGCCCAAGGGGGGUGCUGGAUAAUUUGUGGGGGACAACAAACAUGCUUACUGUUGCCCUGUUUUUAUUGGACUGGGGACACGCAUUUCAACCAAUCACGUGAGUUUGUUCAUAUUCCCACUGCCUGGGAUUUUCACUGUGAACGACGGGGAAAAGACUUGAAAAGGAAUGUAUACUUAAACGGUUAUGAAACAGGCACAGCUUUCUGCUCUAUCGCUAUCGUUUCUCGAUCACCACCUGCUUGACGCAAUUUUGUGUAAAGAAUGACAACUUUUUUGCCAACAUACAAGCCUGGGUGCCUUGGGAUGUUGAAAUAACUCAGCACAUUCAUUAUGAUUUGCAAAGUAUUUUGUGUCCUAUUUAUUUUCCUGUAGGCCUACAACGAGAUUUAUUUCCAAAAGAGAUGUUUAUUAUCAUAACACAUUGCGUUGGAUAAUAACAUGAUUAUUGUACUUAAAAGCAAUUCAUUGAGGUGUUUGUACUUUAAUGGGAAUGUUAUCUGUACAGUAACAGCAUGACUUAACUAAUUGCUGCAGCAGCAUCAACAAAAUCUGCUUUUACUAUCCUCCUUUUGGUUUGAGAUUUUAUACUGUAUUGUUAUAUGCUCAAAGCAUGGCAACACUGAAAUAUGAAAAAGUUCUAAUUUUUUAAAUAAAAUUGUGAUACCUGAAUCUA